AUGAUGGCAGCAGCAGCAGCCGGCGGCGGCGAGGAUGCGGCCGCGGCGCCGAUCUCGGGCUCCUCCAAGACGGAGCAUGGCCAGCCGGACCGGACGAGAAAAGGCCCUUCGAUGCGGUAUCCGUUUUGGUUCGGGGGCAGCGCGAGCAGCAUGGCGGCGUGCGUCACGCACCCGCUCGACUUGGUCAAGGUGCGACUGCAGAUGCGACAGGGCGACGCGCCGCGGACCAUGACGGGCACCUUUGUGCACAUUGUCAAAAAGGACGGCCCCCUCGCCCUCUACAGCGGCAUCUCGGCCUCGCUGCUGCGGCAGCUGACCUACUCGACGGUCCGCUUCGCCAUCUACGAGGACCUGAAGGCGCGCCACGUCGCCCGCCGCGGCCGCGACCCCUCCUUCCCCGCCCUCGCCGCCAUGGCCGUCACGUCGGGCUUCGUCGGCGGCGUCGCCGGCAACUUUGCCGACGUGCUCAACGUGCGCAUGCAGCACGACGCCGCGCUGCCCCCCGCCGACCGCCGCAACUACCGCCACGCCCUCGACGGCCUCGCCCGCAUGGUCCGCGACGAGGGGCCCCUGAGCUGCCUCCGCGGCUGGCUUCCCAACAGCUCCCGCGCCGCCGUCAUGACGGCCGGCCAGCUCGCCACCUAUGACACCUUCAAGCGCCUGCUCAUGAACUACACGCCACUCGGCGACACCCCGACGACGCACUUUACCGCCUCCUUCCUCGCCGGCCUGGCCGCCGCCACCGCCACGAGCCCCAUCGACGUCAUCAAGACGCGCGUCAUGUCGUCGACGCAGAAGCAGGGCAUCGUCCGCCUCGUCGGCGACAUCUACAGGUCCGACGGCAUCGGCUGGAUGUUCAAGGGCUGGGUGCCCAGCUUCCUUCGGCUUGGGCCACACACCAUUUGCACGUUUGUUUUUCUGGAAAUGCACCGCAAGGCAUAUAGAAAGGUCAAGGGAUCGGACGACGAGAAGCUGUGA